GACCCAUUCACCUCAUGAAAACCCCACCUUGGCACACAUGAGACAUUUGGGGGACAUUCUACACCUAAACCAUAACACAGGGAUUUAGAUUUUGUAAGGAAUGAGACAGGAAGCCAUUAGAUAGUUCCAAGCACAAAGGUAACACAGGCUGACUUUCCCAAAGGAUGGCUCUGAUGAUACAUUAACACAAGAAGGGAACAAAAGUCCUGGCAGAAGAACCACUUAACAGAUUACAGCACUGAUCCAGAUGAAAAGGGUGGUGAAAGGGAACUAGAGCAUGAGUAGCAGAGUUCUGUUUGAAGGUCCUGGAAGCACUGACACCGCGCAGCACUGAGUAUGAUAACGCCCAGAUCUUGUCUGCUACACACCAUUUUUCUGCUAACAGGAACCAGUUCAAUAUGGAGAAAUGGUUUGUUCCAAGUCAAGGUUAUUCAAGCUUGCAGCUCAGUUGAGAGAAACCUCAAUGAGCUGCAGCUGCGAUUCAGCCCGAGCUUACUACCUGGUGAGCACCACACCGGGAAGAACUAAGGGAGGACGAGAAACCCUGGGCCAACGCCCUGCCCCUGGAGAACACCAGCUCAGAAGGCCAGGGGAGAAGCUUUCCUUGGCAAAGUCACGAUCAUCUGUCCCCUGCUCAUGCCUCCAAAUACUUCAGCUGGAUAGUUUUUUGGGUGUGGGGAGUUGUUUUUUGUUCUUGGUGGUGCUGCAAUCCAGGGGCCUGUGCACAUGGGGCAGGUGUUUAUUCCUGAGCUACACUUCCAGCCCAGCUCACAGGAAUUGUGCCCGGAUCCUGCCACAAUGCAGUCACACUCCAAUCCUAGUGAACUUCAACUUAAAGAACAGGGGAACAAAAGCUCCCAGCUGUCUGAGGUCCCACUGCUGGCCAAACACCCCUACAGUAGCAGCAGAAAGGAAGAACACAACUUUUGCUAACACCACACCUAUGCGGGUCCUCCGCACACUGCACACCUCUGGCAUGACUGCAUGUGAGGGUCACACAGAAGAAGCUGCGACUCCAGUCUCCUCCUCUCCGGGGGCAGCACCUGGACCUGCAUCAUUUUCUAACGAGGUAGCAGGAGCUCUGGGCCUCUCCCGACAAUGGAGUAACCAGCCAGAGGAACACAACCUGUAUGGAGGCCUAUCACCUGACACGGCUUGCCACUCCCCUACAGGACUCACCACAGACGGUGCACCCCGUAAACUAUGCUAGCAGGAUAGAACAGAUAUGCGUUUACAUAUAUAAAUAUAUAUGAAUAUGCACAAAUAUAAUUCUAGUCUCUAGACAACCACUUUAAGAAUUAUAAAGAAGAUAAACUUUAAAACCAUACAAUCCUCAAUCUUAUUCAUACCCUUCUAAAACUGAUGUUUUUCUGACUUCUAGAUUCACCAAUUCUUAUCAUAUUUCCAUACUUUCUUGUCUUUGUUUACACACACACACUUUAUUUCCUGAACUACGUGAAAGUAACUUGCAGCUGUCAUGAAACGUUGCUCCUCAAAACUUCAUCAUAAUUUUUCUAAGAUUAAAGACCAUCGGUCAAACCACAGUACCCGUAACACCCUGGGAAGAUUAACAACGACUCCCUGUCACCUACUACCCAGUCCUGUUCAAAUUUCUCCAAUUGUCCUUCAAGUUUUUAUGGGUUUGAAACUCCCUGAUUCAGGGUGCAAAGGUUCAUAUAUCGCACAUAACCGUUCUCUUUAUUCUCUUUCAUCAAAAAAUAAAACCAGUACCACAAGGCUGCUGUCUCAGAGGACAGCACACAUUAUGAAUCUCACCAUUUUGUCAGUAUUCGAUUCAGGUUAAUGUUUUUGGUCAGAAGAUUACAGGUAGGGUUACGUGCCCUCACUGCACAAGAACAGCAGCCCCUGGAAAAGCUGAAAUCACGAUUAACAAUGCUACAUUCGAUCUUCUGCUUAAGGCAAUGACUUCCAGGGUCCUUCCAUUGUAAAUAUAUAUGUUGCUCUCUGUAACUAAUGUUAUCUAAGCAUAAGACUUUGAAAUGAUAAGAGUAUUUUCUUCCCUGACAAUCUCCACUUUACUCAUCGUAGUUUUUCACAUGGUCUGCAAGGGCAGAGGUGUCUGUUUCACUCACUGUUGUGUCUCCAGGGCUGAAGAAAGUGUUGGCUUAAUAAAUAUACACUGAAUGAGUCCUCAUUAGCAGAGCACUUCUGUGUCUUCUGUGAGACUGAACAAAACUGAUGUUUUCUUAGUCUUUGUAGGAAGU